AUGGAUGCGGACGGAGGCAAAGCGCGCAGUGGAGGCAGCAAUGUGGCUGGGGCCAAGUACGGCACUGGCUACUGCGAUGCGCAGUGCCCCCAUGAUAUGAAGUUCAUGAACGGCAAGGCCAAUGUCAUCGACUGGAAUGCCACUCAUGACCCUCCCAUAGGCUCCUGGGGUAUCUGCUGCGCAGAAAUGGACAUUUGGGAAGCGAACAGCAGGGCCACAGCCUACACACCGCACCCCUGCAGCAUCACGGGUCCAUACGUCUGCGAGGGGAUUGAGUGCGGUGACAAUGACAAGGACCAGCGCUAUGAUGGCGUCUGCGACAAAGAUGGCUGUGAUUACAACCACUGGCGCCUGGGUGAUGAGCGAUACUAUGGCCGCGGUAGGCGCUUCACUGUGAACUCAAAGAAGAAGGUCACGGUUGUCACGCAGUUCAUCACUGAGGGGAACCGAGACGAUGGGGACCUCAUUGACAUUCGACGGUUCUAUGUGCAAGACGGGCAGGUCAUUCCAAACUCCAACAUCUCCAUUGCGGGCGUGACGGGCGACUCCGUCACGGAUGCAGUUUGUGCAGAAAUGAAGACGGCAUUCGGAGACAUCAACGACUUUGCCCGAAAAGGUGGCCUGAAAGCCAUGGGGGAAGCCUUGGACCGAGGUAUGGUUCUCGUCAUGUCCUUGUGGGACGACUCGGAGGCCAACAUGCUGUGGCUGGACUCUGACUACCCGCUGGACAAGGAUCCGAGUGUGCCAGGUGUGAAUCGGGGACCGUGCAGAACGGACACGGGCCUCCCUGCUUACCUGCGUCAGAAGUAUCCCCGCGCCCAAGUGCAGUACAGCAAGGUCAAGGUGGGCACGAUUGGCUCGACCUUU